AUUUAAAGUUAUAAACAAAUCCUUACAGUUAGUAUUAAUGCCUCAAGCUGUAACAAGAACAGAUUUGUUAAAUCUCUGUAUUUUGGAUUACAUCAGCUAUAACGUUAUAUUGCGUAUAAUAGAAAUAAUUCAAAUUUUGAAUUAUAAACUUACAAGGAUUUUAAAAUGGCAGAGAGGAUCUUUUUGCGUGAAGUGAGACUGGAAAAUAUAAAUAAAACACUUCUAUUUUAUCAAAAUUCUGUUGGCAAUGUCAGUUGUGUUGUAUGGGAUGCUGCUCUUGUUUUAACAAAAUACUUAGAAAAACAAUCAUCUAAAAGCCCUGGUUGGCUAAAGGGUUUAAAAAUAGUUGAAUUAGGAGCUGGCUUGGGUUGUGUAGGUGUAGCUGCUGCCUGUUAUGGGAGUGAUGUGAUUUUGACUGAUUUGCCAGAUGUGAUCCCUCAAUUGGAAAAAACAAUAGAUCUUAAUAGAGCCGCAUGGAACGAUAAAGGCAAAAUUUCAGCUGUUGCUUUAACUUGGGGUAGAAAUAAGCCAGGAGAUUUUGAAUUUAUUCAUCAGCCAGUUGAUAUCAUACUGCUAUCAGAUUGUGUUUAUUAUGAAGAGUCUGUUGAGCCACUAAUAGAAACAUUGAAAUCAUUAAGUAGUAAGUCUACUGAAAUUUUUGUAUGUCAAGAACAAAGAGACACUGAAAAAAUGAAAGCUGUAUGGAAAUCUUUUAUGAAUAAGCUUUAUGAAGAUUUUACUGCAAGUAAAAUCUCAGUUUAUGAACAGGAUGAGCUUUAUGCCAGCCCUGAUAUUGUUUUGUUGAAAGUUAAAAAAAAGUAAUGAUGAAUAGCUAUGAUGAUAUAUAUUUAAUUCUGGGUUUUAUGAACUUUUUUUCUUUAUAGGAGCAUGGUCUUUUUUUUUUAUUUAACAGCCAAAGAGAUGGCUUAAUUGUUUUAAUAAAAAUUAUUUAAGAUA